AUGAGGUUGGUUCAAUUACUGAUGAUGACCAUAUUAGUUCUUGCUCUGGCCACCUCCAAAAGGGUCUUGGCAAGUGAUCCGGAUAUCCUUUCGGACUUUUUACUCCCACAAAACAGCUCAACAGUUGAUGCUAGUUUUUUUACAUUCACUGGAUUUCGCGGAAUAUUUGAUCAAGCACCCAAAACCUUGAAGACAACAAAAGCCAGCAUGGUUGAGUUUCCUGCUCUCAAUGGCCAGAGUGUGUCAUACGCGGUGCUUCAAUUGCCUCCACAGACACUCUUCCCACCUCAUACUCGCCCUGAUGCAACUGGACUUCUGUUCCUUUUAGAUGGUUCCUUGGAAGUAGGCCUAAUAGACACAAAAAAUAAUCUGUAUACUCAAAAGCUUCAGGCUGGAGAUAUGUUUGUAUUUCCCAAGGGAUUAAUACAUUAUCAGUAUAACACUGAUUCUCAAUUGCCAGCCACUGCCAUUGCAGCAUUCGGAAGUGCAAGUGCUAGAGCAGUUGCGGUGCCACCUUCUGUUUUUGCUUCAGGUAUUGACGAUGUCAUCCUUGCCAAAUCCUUCAAGACAGAUGUUGAUACUAUUAAGAAGAUUAAGGCUGGCCUCACUAGCUAA